AAAUCAUCUCAAAUUACUCUGGGAAUUAUUUUACAACGUGGAGUGAAGGAUCUCUUGAAAUUGGGGCUCCGAACACUCUCACGUCCUAAAGCUCUGGUCGCUCCUCUCCAGAGGACCACGACUCUGCUCGCACUCACCGCGCUCUUCUCACCUCGAACCCCGCAGAGCGCCUGUUGUUCUCCCCACUGUGUUCCGAUGAAGGAAGCCGACGCGAUCAAGCUGUUCGUGGGGCAGAUUCCUCGGAAUCUAGAGGAGAAGGACCUCAAACCGAUCUUUGAACAGUUUGGGAAGAUCUACGAGCUGACGGUGAUAAAGGACAAAUACACCGGCAUGCACAAAGGAUGUGCAUUCCUGACAUACUGUGCGAGGGAGUCAGCGCUGAAGGCCCAGAGUGCUUUGCAUGAGCAGAAGACGCUACCGGGGAUGAACCGACCCAUCCAGGUAAAACCAGCCGACAGCGAGGGGAGAGGAGAAGACAGGAAGUUGUUUGUGGGCAUGCUGGGUAAACAGCAGAGUGAUGAAGACGUCAAGAGGCUGUUUGAGCCCUUUGGCACUAUAGACGAGUGUACUGUACUACGGGGGCCAGACGGCACCAGUAAAGGUUGUGCGUUUGUGAAGUACCAGGGACAUGCUGAAGCUCAGGCUGCCAUUAGCACCCUGCAUGGGAGCCGCACACUGCCUGGUGCGUCGUCCAGUCUGGUGGUGAAGUUUGCCGACACAGAGAAGGAGAGAGGGCUGAGACGGAUGCAGCAGGUGGCAUCACAGCUGGGCAUCUUCAGCCCCACCAUGACACUUAACUUCCCUGCUUACAACGCUUACACACAGGCCGUCAGCGCACAGGCGAUUGUCCAGCAGCAAGCUCUGGUUGCUCAGUCAGCGUACCUGUCUCCUGUAGCAACUGUUGCCAGUUUACAGAUGCAGCAGAUGGCAGCGCUCAACGCAAAUGGAAUCAUCGCCACGCCCAUCACAUCUUCCUCUGAGUCUAGUAGCUGUCAAUCACAAUAUCUCCUCCACUGUGAUUGGUCCUCCCGGUUUGCAGGUACGAAUACCCCUCCAACCAUCUCAGCCACACCCGUGCCAUCACUACCUCCACCUCUAGGAGUCAAUGGUUACAGUCCACCAACCAAUGGACAGCAAGCAUCAGAAGCACUAUACACCAAUGGCAUUCAUGCGUACCAAGCCCAGAGUCCAGCAUUAUCUCUAGAUCCUCUCCAGCAGGCGUAUGCAGGCAUGCAGCACUACACAGCGGCGUACCCUGCUGCCUAUGGAUUGGUCGGCCAGCAUUUUCCACAGCAACCUACCCUGGUUGCCCAGCAACACCAGCAGCCCCAGCAACAGCAGCAGCGAGAAGGGCCGGAGGGUUGUAAUAUCUUUAUCUACCACCUGCCUCAGGAGUUCAGUGACAGUGAGAUGCUCCAGAUGUUUCUGCCCUUUGGAAACGUCAUCUCAGCUAAAGUCUUUGUAGACCGCGCCACCAACCAGAGCAAGUGCUUCGGUUUUGUGAGUUUUGACAACCCAUCCAGUGCCCAGACUGCCAUCCAGGCUAUGAAUGGGUUCCAGAUCGGCAUGAAGAGACUCAAGGUGCAGCUGAAACGACCUAAAGACGCCAACCGCCCCUACUGAAGGAGAGAGGAGAGAGAUCCUCCCGUCCAAUCAUAAUUCGCGGGGAUCCCAUCACUAUGGUUACCUAGCGACCGAUAAAGCCCCGACCCCCCUUCCUCUCACGUGUUACUCUGGCCAUGGUGGAAUCCCAGCGUGCAUUGCGCCCUCAGACCUACUACCUUUCUUUUGAGCGACGGGGAACAGCACACACACAAAUACAACACACACACACACACACACACACACACACACACACACACACACACACACACACACACACACACACACACACACACACACACACACACACACACACACACACACACACACACACACACAUUGCACUCUAAAAGGACCAAGGCACAGAUAUUGACAAAUGUACAUAUUAUAGUCCUCACACACACAAACACUCACAUACUUUCAAAUACAUAUAUGUCAGUAAUCGUACCCAUUGAACUGGACUCAGUUUGAAAAUGGUUUGUCUGGAGUGUGUGGGGCAGUGAAGAUCACACACAUACAUGACCCAGGAAGUACUUACUAAAGUCAUUGAUGAGAUGAUGAAUAAUGGUGAUAUAUCACUUCUUUGGACCAUAACAUGUCAUAUUACAUGGCUAUUACAUGUGUAUAACAUGAUACAAAUAGGAAGGCCUCCAUUUCGUAAUAAAAAAAGGAAAACAGGAAAACAUAUUGACACAAAAAUGAGUAAUUUAGAGAAACUUUGGAGAGAGAUCCUUAUGGCCUGUAAAUAAUUUAGUUUAAGAAGAGUAACAUUUAGAAAAUUACAAAAAACGCAAAAAGAAGAGUACUUUAGAUAAACCACUGAAAAAUGACACAAUAUUAUUAUUAUUAUUGUUAUUAUUAUUAUUAUCUUCGUUAGGGGAUAUUGUAUUAGAAAUAAAGAAAGGGGAGAAUCAAACAUAUUUUCAAUUUCUACUUAGAUUUUAGGAUAAAUGUGGAUGGGAGGGACUGCACCUUUUCUGAGAGGUUUUAAUAUUUUAACAAUUUUUUAUUUAUUGACUAAUUUAUCAAUUAUUUUUGUUAAUAGGGAGAAAUGAUGAAGGGUUUAAAGGGGUUACAAGUUUCUGAUUUUAGAAUUUUUUAGAGCAAAAAAGGGUCUGUUUCUGUCAGACUGUCAGAGUAAUUAUAAUUAUGAAUGAAUUAUUACAACAAUGAUAUUUAUUUCUUAUUUAUUGAGUCUGUUUUUGAUCCAAUCUCUUUUUAAGUUAAAAUAAAAAGUAUUAUACAUCAAA